GCCGUGAGCGCAUAGGAAAGUCUCAACGCUUAUCGUCCCCCGUCCUGUCACCAUGUCGAGCACGUCGGCCAAGCGCGCCCAUCCCAAGUACAGCGAGAUGGUCGCCGCCGCCCUCAGGGCCCUCAAGGAGCGCAACGGCUCCUCCCGCCAAGCCAUCCUCAGGUUCAUCGUCGCUUCCUUCCAGGUCGGGGACGAGAGGACCGCCGGCGUGCACCUGAAGCAGGCGCUGAGGAGGGGCGUCGCCAGCGGGUCCCUGCAGCAGACCAAAGGCACCGGAGCCUCCGGCUCCUUCAAGCUCUCCAAGGAGAAGGUGACGAAGAACGAGAAGACUCGGGGGAAGGUGACGGCAAAGAAACCCAGCGCUAAGACUGCAACAAAGAAAGCCAGCGCUAAGACUGCUACAAAGAAACCCAGCGCUAAGACUGCUACAAAGAAACCCAGCGCUAAGACUGCUACAAAGAAACCCAGCGCUAAGACUGCUACAAAGAAACUCGGCGCAAAGAGCACACCAAAGAACAGAGCAACAAAGAAACCAACAACAAAGACUGCGACAGCAAAGAAACAGACUGUCAUGAAAACAGCAUAA